UACAAAGUGUUGGUUUAUGUAUGUAGCCAAAUGUGAACUAAAAUUCAUUUAAAUCAAGCUUGUCCUUUUGCAGCAAUUAAACAAAUGUCAGUAUCUUUAUUUGAUUGCCUCGUUAAUAUUUCUUGAUCUUUUUCCCAUGUAUUCAUAUAGUAGUUCACAUUAGCCAUUUAUGGUUAUUUAAUUUCCUUUAUUGCCUUAUUUAUAUAUAGUACUACUAAAAAGUAGAUGUGAAUUUGGUUACUUUGAGUUUGAUAGUAUAGCAAAAUGGAGUUACACAAAUUUCAUGUACUUUUGGCUAUGGUGUUUGUCUUGUUUCUUGUUCCAGUAGUUCAUGGUUGGGGACUUGAUGGCCAUUAUUCUGUUUGCAAGAUUGCUCAGUCAAGAUUGAGUAAAGCUGCUGCAAAAGCAGUGGAGGAGUUGUUGCCACAUUCUGCAAAUGGUGAUUUAGCCAGUGUGUGUAUAUGGGCGGAUCGUGUUAAAUUCCGCUAUCAUUGGUCAUCGCCUCUUCAUUAUAUCGAUACCCCUGAUAAACUUUGCACUUACCGGUACAGCAGGGACUGUAAAGAUGAAGAUGGAGUUGCAGAUAGAUGUGUAGCUGGAGCAAUCAACAAUUACACUAACCAACUCCUAACUUAUAACAAAGGCAGUGGUCAGGCUUCAACAUAUAAUUUGACAGAAGCACUUCUCUUCCUUUCUCACUUUAUUGGGGACAUUCAUCAGCCAUUGCAUGUGGGAUUUACUUCAGACAGAGGAGGCAAUACAAUAGAUGUUCAUUGGUACAGAAGAAAAGCAGUUCUUCAUCAUGUCUGGGAUACCAACAUAAUCGAAACUGCAGAAGAACGAUAUGAUGAUUCUAACGUAGAUGAACUUGUUGACGCACUUCAGAAGAACAUCACGACAGGAUGGGCAGACCAAGUAGAUUCAUGGGAGAGCUGCAGUGGCAACAUGACAGCAUGCCCAGAUAUAUAUGCCAGUGAAGGUAUAAAAGCUGCUUGUGACUGGGCAUAUAAAGGAGUCACUGAAGACUCUACAUUAGAAGAUGACUAUUUUCUCACCCGUUACCCUAUAGUCCAAUGGCGCCUAGCUCAAGGUGGAGUCCGUUUGGCUGCUACACUUAACCGCAUAUUUGAAUGACAACAUGUUGUAAUCUCAGAAAACAUCGACUACAUUGUCACUUGAAUGAAGACAUCAUUGUAUUUUAGUAA